CCCUCUCCCCCUCCCCCCGGCAAUUCUGGACCCGCCGUUGAACACUGACACGUACCGAACGCAGCGCGACGAAAAACAAAAUGAUCGUCGGUUCCCUACCUCAUUUCUGUUUAUCGAGCACGUGCUACUUCGUAGUAGCAAUCUUCUUCCUGCAUAGAUUCUUAUUGAAACUCGACAUUGGUUCGUGACGGCAUUGACCUUCGCUUUGCAUGCAAUCUAAUCAACCUAUUGGAAAAGCUGCCUGCUAAAAAUAGAAUUUCUCUUCUGAUGUCAACAAAGCUGGUCAGCUGUUUCCUUGAACCAGUCUGUCGGGCCUACUUGUUAUGGCCGCUAGUGAAAUAUAAUAGCAGCGUGAGAGGCGCAUCGCUUGACGUUUUAAUUUUUACAUUCGGUUCCGACGAAGUUCGUGCUGAGGACUAGCUUUUGUUGACGAAGAAAAAGAAGGUUCUGUCACGAUCUCGGUAUCUAAACCAGUUGCUGCUGUGAAAACUGUGAACGCCAGAGAAUCAACACGGUCUUGUCAAAAACACCUGCGAUUUGUUGUCGCCCGGGGACUGACAUCAACACAACAAGAACAGUCUAAAGGUUUACUGACCGCCGUCCAAAACGUUCGGACGUUCAGGAAAGCGAGUCUGCAGUUUUUAAUCACACAAGUAUAUGGUGACGUCUGCUCGUUGCUUGGUCGGCUGUUUGAAGUUGUUCGUUAUUCGACUAGUUCAAGAGGUCUUCUUGUUUUUUUACUACUGGUUUAAAGACGAUUGUUUGUAAUUCAACUACCAUUUUUCCACGUCUGCUUGAAAUUCGACCACAAGUUUUAAAGACUUCUCUGUGUAAAUCGACUUCUGUACUAGUUUAUGACGUCGACUUGGUGACUGCGUCUUCGUGUUGAACUUAGCCUACCUGCUAGUAAACUUCGUCAGCUUGACAUCAUUGUCUUCGAUCACAGUUACACUGGAGCUGAAACCCGACUCGCCUCAAGACGGCAUCGACCCGCACCACCGACGAUUAAUACCGACGAUACUUUCUCUUGAGACGAAUAUUAUCGUCUGCCGCCCACUGGACCAGACGACAAAAUGGCGUCAUCAAAAGACACGCCCGCCCAGCAGUCCCGCCCAAAGAUCUACGUGACGGGCUCUCUGCCCCAGCGCGGCGUGGACGUCUUGCUAAAAGGGUGCAAUGUCGCCAUGUGGGAGAGUGAUGAGGUGGUGCCCAGGGGGGAGCUGCUCAAUGGGAUUGUCGGGGUACACGGCUUGUUGUGCAUGACAGGAGACUCCGUCGAUGCUGAGGUGCUGGACGCCGCAGGCCCCAACCUUCGUGUUGUUGCCACGAUGUCCCCGGCAAACAACCACAUUGAUGUCGGCGAGUGCAAAAAACGGAGCAUCCGGGUACUUUCCCUGCCUGACCAAUCGUCGGAGAACAAGGCGGAUAUGGCGCUCAUCCUGCUCCUCAUGACAAUGAAGACUUGUAAUCAGUAUAACGAAAACAUGAACGGCUGUAUUCUGGCAAAUGGUAGACCAAACGGCUUUGGUUUAAAACACAUGAUAAGCAAAACGUUCGGAAUCUUUGGACUGUCGAGCAUUGGCAAACGUCUUGCACAGCGAUUGGUCGAUUUCGGCGUGACGUCAAUUGUGGCGACGCCCGGGAACGAGCAGGAUGGAAAGACGAACGCUAACGAUGUCAACAUAGAGUUGGUUUCGUGGGACCAGUUCCUGGCGCAAUCUGACGUCAUAUUCAUCUGCGAAGAACCCACGAAAUCGCUCAAGCACGUGUUCAACAAGGAGACAUUUACGAGCAUGCGCAAUGACGCCAUCUUGGUGAAUUUCGGUCCGGGAGAGUUCAUUAAUUAUUUUGAUCUCUACACGGCUCUCAAGCAGGGCGAGAUAUCGGCGGCCGGCUUGAACGACUGCAACCAACAACCGAUCCCGUUCAAGUGCCCGCUGGUGGGGUUGCACAACUGCGUUUUCCUUCCUCAGCCGGAGGAGAGUUCUUACGAUAUGCGUCACAAGGACUCGGUGGUUAUGGCGAAAAACCUCAUGAGAGAAAUGUUUUGUACUAACAAUGGAAUAAAAGUGUAAUAACUUAUUUAUUACCCGGGAUGAUUGAUGACAGACAAUCGGUUGUUGCAAAGACUCUUGUUGUUAUAGUAGUAAUUAGAAUUGUUAUAGUAGUAAUUAGAAGAAAUGACGUCAUAGAGAUUAUGAGCAGGCUCAUACUAUUUAUGUCAAGUUUUUAUUGAGACUAGACACUCUUUAAGACCAGUAAUAAGAGACACUUAGAAACAAAGAAAAACUAAUCCCAAAAGUGUUAUUAUUAGGUGAUAAAGGAAGAAAGUUAUUACAAGUCGGUCAUGUGGGUUUGGCUCCAAAUUAUAGGGCCAGGAAGUUUUCAUCAAGUUAAAUAAAACAACAACCUCCUUCCCCCCAAACCUCCCAGUAUCACUGAGAGGGUGUGAUAACUUCGAACUGCGGUGGAUGCAGAAGGCAUGUUUUCGUUGGCAGUAGGAUUAUUACACGUCGGAUAUGUGUUUUGCCGCCAAAUUAUAGGCCCUUGUUUUUUUCGUAAACCAUCAUCAAGUCGAAUGAAACAACAACAACCUUCCCCAUAACAACAAAACAAACCCCAUCCCAGUAGAAUGGCAAUGGGUGCAGAACGCAUGUUUUGAUGAUGACUGCAAGUGAACUUUAAAAAUAGGAGCUGAGCCCCUUCCCAAAACUUUCCUAGAUCCGGCCUGCUAUUGCUUAGUGACGUCCAUAACGUGAGGGGGUGGGUUUGACUACAGUGUCCUAAUUAUAACCUAUUCCAUUCCCCAUUAUUUUUAUUAUUAUUAUUUUUUUAUUAUUUUUAAAUUGGCCUAUUCAUCAGUGAUUAGCAAAGAUCCAACUUAAAUUAAUUAAUUUAGGCCUUUAGUAAUUCGGUAGACUAUUUGCCCCACCAAGCUAUAUGCAUGUACAUCAGAUUUUAAAGUUUGAAUGUUUUUAAUUGUGUGUAGAGCUUUCACGUAAAGAGAAGCUGCAUUCCACCGGCACUCAUAUAGUUUCAGUGUUGCUAUUGUUAUAUUGCAUAUAUUAUACAUUACUCAUCUUUCGCUAGUGAUAUAUAUUACAUAUUACUCAUCUUUCGCUAGAAAUAUUUGCAAAACAUAUUAAGUAUAGUAACUGCAUUUACAGGCGUAGGAACGAUAUUUUUAGUAGGGAGGGGCCACACGCUCUGGUCGGGGGGGGGGGGGGGGGGGGGGCGCAAGCCAGAUUUGUAUAUGUUUAUAUAGAGUAGGACAAAAACUAAUUUUCAUCUUAAGUGAGGAGCUGUGCCCCCCACGUUCCUACGUAGCUGAUUUACCGUGUUCUAUGAAUGACGUAUCUUAACUGCAGCCACGCUGGGAAGGAAUAAGUCACUUCUACGUUUUGUUAAUCUAGAUUAGGGUCUGAUGCAUUACCAUGAUAAAAUGGGAGGUUGUUUGUAAGACCGCAUAGUGUUAUUGAAUUGAAGGUGUGCACACAUUGUUCAUCGUGUUGUAUAGUCGCUAUAUCCCUAGCGAAAUCUGAGUCUUAUAUCCUGUGAACCAGUUAGACUUGUCACAAAUACAUUGCAUAGUAUUGUAUUCUUAUACUGUACUGUAUGUACGAGUGAAUGCGUGGGUGUUUAAGCCCUGCACUGAAUGUCAAUACUGAUAAGGAAGACAUUGAUACAAGGCAGGCGAGAGAAGGGGUUGGCAGGAUGUCCGUUUUCUGCCGUUUUAAAAAUGUUUCUUGGGACUUUCUUAUCCUUGGUUGAUACAAUUUUAUUUUACAUUGUGGUGGGGCUAGGAUCCCGUAUGCAAAGUUUUUAAUCACUUGAAGUAUGUGUUUUAUAUGUGUCUAGUAUGGUCAUUGUUACGCUCAGAAAUGUUUCGUGAGUGGUUUUAAUAUGUAUAAAUAUAGACCUACUAUAAUUUUAGUUAUAUAAAUGUACGUGGUUAUUAAAAAAAACAAAUGCUUUUCCAUCAUGAUUCUUCACAUAUUGCCAUUGCUUGUCAUCUAAAAUGGACAAUUAUUUUGCUGUUUUGUUUGCUAUUUUAAAAUCGUGUGUAGCAUAAAUAUUACCAGUGGCGGAUCCAAAAAAUUAAUUUAGGGGGAUUCCACGAAUUCUUCAACGUAAACAAUGAAAAAAUAAAAUAUCGCAAAACUUAGAUCCGCCACUGAUUACAUGUUGGAUAUUUAGUGAAAAUCAGCACUUGGUGAUCUUCUUUAUAAGGGCUAAAGGCGACGUCACACGAUGUGAGUACCUCGUACGAAAAUAGCUACGAGAAUAACCGAUUGCAUAGCACCGAUAAAAUGGCAGUGUUCGUCUUGUCAUUCGGCAUUUCUUGUGUCUGUUCGGGUACGAGGCGUCGCCUUGUAUAAGACAAUGUUUCUGUUGAGUAUUCGCUACAAGUAUACAUGUGUGUUUGUUCUGUUAACAUGUUAAAAUUAAAAUAAAGAUCUCAUUAUGUGUUA